AUGGCGGAGAAGGCGCCGCUGCUGGCCCGCGGCGGCGACGAGGUCGGCGACCUCGUCGCCGACGACGUCACGGUGCGCGCGUCCGGCGUGACGAUCCUCAAGAACAUCUGCGCGACGUGGCGGCGCGGGUGCCUGAGCGCCAUCAUGGGGGGCUCCGGCGCGGGCAAGACGACGCUGCUGACGUGCCUCAUCGGCGACCUCGCCGAGGAGUGCGUCCAGGGCAAGGUGGGCUUCGGCGCGGCGGCGAUGACCGUCGCGGAGCGGCGGCGCGCGUGCGCGCUCGUGCCGCAGGACGACAUCAUGCCGACGACGCUGUCGCCGCGGAUGAUCCUGACGUUCGCGGCGGCGCUCAAGGGCGUCGGUGACAUCGGGGCCCGCGUCGACGCGCUGCUCGUGGACCUGGGCCUCGAGACGUGCGCGGACACGAUCGUCGGCGAGUUCGGCGAGGGCGUGGGCAUCUCCGGCGGCCAGCGGAAGCGGUGCUCCAUCGGCAUGGAGCUCGUCGACGACUCGGGGUCCUGCCUCUGCGCCGACGAGCCGACGUCGGGCCUCGACAGCUCCCUCGCCGAGUCCGUCGUCGAGGUGCUGUCCGCGGUCGCGCGCGGCGCGAGCUCGGGCAGUGACGGGAAGGAGGAGUCCAAGGACGUCGAGGGCGGCAAGGCCUUCGGGCGGCGCAAGGUCGUCAUCGCGACGAUCCACCAGCCGUCCUGGCUCACCAUCGCCAGGUUCGACUGCCUCACGCUCCUCGCGAGCGGCAAGGUCGUCUACCACGGCCCGACGACGCCCAUGCUCGGCCACUUCUUCUCCGCGCCGCCGGGCGACGCGCCCGCGGGCGUGCUCGCCGCGGAGAGCUUCAAGGUCGCCGACGGGAGCCCCGUCGGCUGGCCCUUCCCCAUGGACAACCCCAUCGACGAGAUCAUGCGCCGCGUGAAGACGGAGAGUGGGGCGAAGUUAGCUGUGGACGCGUGGGCGAAGACGCGCAAGGGCCGCGCGGGCGCGAAGCUGCGGGACGCGGACGGCGACGACGGCGACGUCGACGGCGUGCCCCUCGUCGCGCAGACGUGUAUUUUAUUGCGCCGCUUCAUGGUGGACUUCGUGCGGAACAAGGCCCGGCUCCGCGUCUUCAUGGCGCGGCCCGUGCUCGCGCUCAUCCUCGGCGCGGUCUUCUGGAACAAGGGCGAGAACAUGUCCAUGGCCGACGCGGGCGUGAUCAGCGGUCUGAUGUGCAUCAUCAUGCUGAACACGGCGCUCCAGACCAUGGGCGCGACCGUGCUGCUCGUGCCGCGCAUGAAGGCGCUCGUGCGGCGCGAGCACCGCAACGGGCUCUACGCGGUGGGCCCCUGGUUCGCGGCCUACGCGCUGUCGACGAUGAUCCUGGAGGCCGCGGCGCUCGUGCCCUUCGUGGGCAUCGUCUACCCGAUGACGUCCCUCGACGGCGACCCGGCGAACGUCUUCAAGUUCUUCCUCGCGAUCUACGCCGUCGUGCUCAACGGCGUCAUGGUCGGCAUCGCCGGCGGCGCCAUGUGCAAGGACUACAUCACGGUCGUCCAGAUGUACAUGCCCGUGUCCUUCUUCCAGAUCCUGUUCAUGGGCUUUUUGAUCCCCAAGUCGGACCUCCCGGCCUUCGCGGUGCCGCUCUACUACCUCAACCCCGUCCAGUACGCGUACUCCAUUUUGGCCAUCGACGAGUUCCACGGCGUCACCUUCUCCGACGGCUCGGACUGCGACGCCAUCGACGAUCAGCUCGACGACGGCGAGGUCACGUGCUACGCGACGGGCGACGACUAUUUAUCCUCGAAGGACCUGCACUACGACCAGCUCGCGCGCGACUUCAUCCUCCUGGGCUGCGUGCUCGUCUGGUUCACGGGCUGCGCCUUCCUCUCGCUCCGCCAGUCCGUCCGGGAGACGGAGACGGCGCGCGCGGAGAAGGCCGAGCCCUUCGCGGUGCCCUGCAACGAGGCCUCGUACUGCGCGUUCCCGCGGAACCGGCUCGCGUCCCAGGCCAGCGACAUCACGAUCACGCCGUCGGACGCGCCCAAGGCCGGGGGCCUCAAGCCGUCGAUCUCGUCGCCGGACCUCAUGGACGACGUCGCGACCGCGCGCGACGUCGCGCCGGACCUGUCCGCGUGCGACUUGAGCAUCGCCGUGUCGUCCGCGACGGUCCAGGAGAAGGUCGUCCUCGAGGGCGUCACGGCGACGUGGCGCGGCGGCGCCUGCGGCGCGGUCAUGGGCGGCUCCGGCGCGGGCAAGUCGACGCUCAUGAACUCGCUCAUCGGCGACGUCGGCUCCGCGUCGGGCCGCCGCGUCGUCGCGGGCCGCGUCUCCCUGGGCCACGCGGCCGCGGAGAAGCGGCUCCGCCGCGAGUCGUCGUGCCUCGUGCCCCAGGACGACGUCAUGUUCGAGACGCUCACGCCGCGGCAGAUCCUGACCUUCGCGGGGCGGCUCCGGGGCAUCGCGGCGUACGAUGCCGACGCCGUCGUCGAGGAGACGCUCGAGCUGCUGAGCCUGGUCAAGUGCGCGGACACGCCCAUCUGCCCCGGCGCGGGCGGCCGGGGCGUCUCCGGCGGCGAGCGGAAGCGCUGCUCCAUCGGCAUGGAGCUCAUCCGGCCCGAGGUGCCCGUGGGCGCGCGCUUCGCGGUGCUCGCGGCCGACGAGCCGACGACGGGCUUGGACAGCGCGCGCGCGGAGGAGGUCACGGGCACGCUCCGGCGCGUCGCCAAGGCGACGGGCGCCGUCGUCAUCGCGACGAUCCACCAGCCGUCCAUGCGCAUCCUGGAGCUGAGCUUCGACACGAUCUCGCUGCUCCAGACGGGGCGCCUCGUCUACCACGGGCCGGUCCAGUCCGUCGUCGACUACUUCUCCGCGAACCUGUCCUGGGCGCCGGGCGCGAACGAGAACCCCCUGGACACGUACAUGAACCGCCUGCGCGAGGAGGUCGGCGGCGGCCGGACGUCGAACGCGCAGGCCGCGGUGCAGGUCUGGCGCGCGUCCGUGUUGUACCGCGCGGACCUCGAGGAGUCCGCGGCCAAGGCCACGCCCGCGGAGGAGGCGGCGGUGACGGCGUUCCUCACGCCGCCGACGCGGCUCCACCGGCUCCAGCACUCGCUGCUCCCGAGGAACGUCUUCCGGAAGCUCGAGAAGCUGAGCUCGGCGCGCUACGGCCAGGACUACGCGGCGCAGUUCGGCCUCCUGUUCUACCGCAACGUCGUCGACGCCGUGAGCAACCCCUACAUCUUCGCCGCCUUCAUGGGCAUCCGCCUCGGGCUCGGCAUCGUCUUCGGGCUCCUGUGGUACCGCGACGCGGAGAGCCCCGUGCUCGCGAACGACGCGUCGACGCUCGACUCGCUGCUCUUUAUUACGCUGGUCUGCGGCUCGGGCACGGCCAUGGUCCAGACGAUCAUCUUCGUGCCGGACAUGAAGAACCUCGUGCGGCGCGAGGUCCAGAACGGGCUCUUCGCGUUCGGGCCGUGGCUCGCGUCGCAGCUGCUCUUCAUGCUGCUGUUCCACGCGGGGGGCGCGCUGUGCCUCACGGCGCCCCUCGUGCUCCUCAUCGACUCCCGGGGCAAGUUCUUCCUGCCCUUCGCGGCGCUCGUCUUUUUAGGGCCCUGCCUCUUCAUGUUCGUCGGCCUCUUCUUCGGGGCCGCGAACCCGUCGAAGGACUUCGACCCCGCGCGCCAGAAGGGCGUCACCGUGCUCACGCUCAUGGUCCUCUUCUGCGGCCUCAUGAUCCCCUACCCGGAGCUCCAGGACUGGUGCAAGCCCAUCUACAAGCUCGACCCCUUCCAGCACCUGUACAACGCCGCGCUCAUCGCCUUCUGGCGCGGCAUGGACUUCAAGGGCUCCUGCAGCGACGACCUCGUCGGCAAGGACGUCUGCUUCAACACGGGCGCCGAGUACCUCGAGUCGCUCAACGUCAGCCCGGACCAGUACAUGUACCACGUCCACUCGUUCUUCGGGCCCAUCGUCCUCUUCGCGGUCCUCUCGACCGCCGCGCUCUACCGCGUCGCCUACUACUAA